UGGGGAUCCGGGAGCGGCUGUUUGGUUGAAGGUUCACUUUUGAAACCCCAGAGUGGGCAAGGGGCAGCAGUGUCCACAUAGUCAUCCCUUGGGGAAGCUAAUAUGGAAUCUGCAGCACCUCUCAAAUCAGAGCAUUGGAGAGAUGUGUGAGGCAGCACUUAGGCCUCAGCUGGAGUAGUUGUGUUAGGAUCAGGGAGAAUGUGAGCUAGUGCUUCUCAAACCUCUUCCAAACAGUGUCAGUGAGACCUCUGAGAACGGGGCAUAGUGGAGCAUCUGUGUGGGAAUAAAACAGGAAGUGGCUUUUACAAUUACAACAUUUAAAGAUACAAUUACAACAUUUUAAAGACAUCAAGAUGAGUAGGUAUGGUUUAGAGGGUUUUGGGCCAAGGGCUGGCAAAUGGGGCUGGAUCAGAUUGGGAUGUCUAAUCCGGGCAGAUGAGUUGGACUGAAGAGUUUUCUUCCGUGCUGUAUGAUUCCAGGAAUCUAAAUAGCAUUGGUGGGCUAUGACUCGGACAUUAUUGCAAGGAUCUGUACUUGGAACACAGCUGUGAUGGAGAAUUGCAGACCAAAAGGAAUAUUUCAAAUCUUGCGUAAGAUACAAAGCUUAUCAGAAAUGUGCACUAUGAGGAAGAUGUAAAGCGAUUUGGGGAGGAUUUGCAUAGAUACAAUUGGGCAAGAAUGUGACAGUAUAUAAUGUGGAAAAAUGUCGAGGUUAUCCACUUUGGUAGGAAGAACAGAUACAGAGUUUUUUAUUGGUUAAAAGUUGGAAAGUGUAGAUGUAGGAUGGGGUAUUUGGGUGUCCUUGCAAAAUAAAUCAAUGAAGGCUAACACGCAGAUGCAGUAAGUUAUUGAGAAGGCUAAUGGAACAUUAAUUUUUAUCACAAGAGGUUUUGACUACAGCGUUAGUGAAGACUUGCUUCAAUUGUAUGGGAGCUGAAAAUGUGUUGCUGGAAAAGCACAGCAGGUCGGGCAGCAUCCAAGGAGCAGGAGAAUCGACGUUUCGGGCAUGAGCCCUUCUUCAGGAAUGAGGAAAGUGUGUCCAGCAGACUAAGUUAAAAGUCCAAGGUGAUAUGGAAAUGUUCAGAUCCAGAUCUCUCUAGAAGAUGUUUCGAUUAGGAUUGUUAUACAGUGGACGGUGUGGAGAACAUUGGUUUCCUUCAGUCCUAUGCAGCCAAGGAAUGUACAGAGGCUGCCUUCAGUUCACAGCCUCCAGUGCACAGCGAAAGGAAAACAGACAGGCUGUGGAGAGUCUGAAGCAGCUGUCAGUGGACGUCGCGAGGAUUCGUCAGCUGAAAAACUGGGUCUUGCUUGUGAACGAGGUUUAUGUCUAUGAAACUGUCAGCAUUUUAAAGGAAAUAGGAGUUGAGGGGAAGAAGGUAGCCCUCAUUUUGGAACGAUAUCCUGAGGCCAUCCUCUGCAAGCCAGCAGAAAUCAGAGCCCAGCAGGAGUUAUGGGGCAGAUUGUGUACUAAUCAGAAGGAACUGGCAAGAAUUAUUGAGCGCUUCCCAGAAUCAUUCUUUACAAUAAAAAACCACAAGAAUCAACAGGACAAUAUCAAAUAUUUCCAAGCAUUAAACAUGAAUAACAGGAUCAUCAGUCGCUUGCUGGUCAGUUCUCCCCAGACUUUCUGUACUGGUGUGGAUCAGAACAGGGCUGUGAUUGAGAAUUUACAGCAGACCUACCUUCAGCUGGGUGGUAAACAGGCUGACAUGAGGAUCUGGUUAAUGAAACUGCUGAGCCAAAAUCCUUUCAUUUUGUUGAAACCUCCAAACUUGGUGUGUGAAAACUUGACCUUUCUGCGAUCCUUAGGCUUCAGCAGUGCUGAACUCCUAAAGCUCAUCUCCAAGCUCAAAGGGUUGAUAGCCGAGCUAUCCCCCAGUACUAUGGAGAAAAGCAGUGCAUUCUGUCGACAGUCAUUGCAGUGCACUGAUGAGGGAUUGAAGAGCAUCUUCACGAGCUGCCCGGCCUUACUGUACUUCUCGGCUCCCAUAUUGGAGGAGCGCCUCACUGCCAUUUUGCGGGAAGGGUUUUCAGUGGAGCAGGUCAGAGCGAGCCCUACCGUUCUCGAGCUGUCUCCACAGAUUGUGCACCGUCGCAUAAAGAGGCUGGUCUCUUUAGGGUAUGAUGUGAAAAGAGACAGCCUGGAACUGCUCACAGGAACCAAGAAGGAUUUUGAAGUCAGUUGUGGGAAGAUGAACUGGAGGAAAGAGAGACCCUUGUUUAACCCAGUGGCUCACUUGAGCAUUGAGGACUAAACGGCCAGUAAGUACCAGGGUGUGUCAACCCAAGAUGUGCCCUGAAGCUGGAACAUAGGAGCAGGUAUGUAGGAUGUUCAGCCCUGGAGCCUGCUGUAGCAUUCAGUAACAUCACAGCUAUUCUGAUUGUGGCCUCAAUAACAUUUUCCUGACUGCCCCGACUCUCUUGUCUACCAGUCUCUCUUUGCGAUGUUGCGGUUCGUAUUGUAUUUAGGUUUUGCACAUGCUGAAUAUGAGAUUUCAGCCAGAGACAGAUUGGAGUAUUUAAAAUGAUUGGCUGAUUCAAUUUGGGCAACUAGGGAAAAGAGUAAUGUAUUCACCUAAAAGGUCAGGGAAAUCUGAAAUUCUGCAUACAGCUCCCCAACUCAGAAAAUAUAAAACAAAACAAAACGUUGGCCACGUGCAAAUAGGUGCAGAUCAGUCAUGGUCUAAUUGAGGAGUGAAACAGGAGGCCAUUUGAUAUCUCAAAACUGUUAUGUGCCAGUUGUUAAUAAUUUUUCAUAAAUAAAUCCAUCAAGCUCAUGGUUACUUUUCCUGUCAGUCUUCUUACAAGAAGGAAUAGAUAUGGAUAUUCAUUGCAAGAUCUGAUUCUGCCAGUGGACAACACUUUCUGAACAAUCCAGAGUGUAUCAUUAGCUACAUUAACAACUCAUUCCAAUUGAGCCUGUGGCUCAGUGAUGUUUAAUAAAAGUGAUACGCUUUCAUAGGAAGGGGCCCGUGCACUACAAAAAAAAGGAAUAUAGUCAAUCCUUUUUUUUGAGUUACUCACAAGCCCGAGUCCUACCAUGACACCCAAAUCUCCCUUACCCUUUAGAAUUCUGAGGUCAUUCUCUGUUUAAAUAAUAGUGCUUUGUACACUGUACAAAGUGAUAACUUUAUAUAUGCCCACAUUAUUCUCCAUCAGCCAGAUUUUUGCCCACUCACUCAACAUAUGUACAUCUACAACCUCCUUACAUCUUCCUCACAUCAUACCUUCUGACUUGUCUUGGUGUCAAUGAUUGGUUUCAAUAAUCUUGGAAAAUUAAUGUAACAAAACUUGCUUUGAUUAA